AUCCUCCCUCCGCGUUCCCAUCUCCGAUCGGCGACGACACAUCUCCCUCCCUCUUGACCAUGUCCGCCCCCUCCAAGUCCCGCUGGAUCGACGACGAUGAUCCAGAGACUCAAGCUGCAAUCGAACGUCAGAAACGCGAGAAGGAGGCCCGAAAACGCGCCAAGGCCGAACGUCAGCGCAGGGCUGAGGAAGAAGAAACAGCUCGGACGCGCGAGGCAGCAGCAGAAAAACAGCCUUACGGGACCGUCAAUGGCGAGAAUGGACCUCCCACAAAGCGUCGCAGGCUCUCCGGAGAGCCAUCGGCGGACGGUUCGGCCACUGGGCCGCAGAAACGACCAGGAGAAGGGGGCGCCCCAGCCGGGCAACGCUCGCUGCUGCGAUUUCCGGGUCCUGAAUGGGGACCGUGUCGACACGUUGACAACUUUGAACGGCUGAAUCACAUCGAAGAGGGCUCGUACGGAUGGGUAUCGCGCGCCAAGGAUAUCACGACAGGUGAGAUCGUCGCGUUGAAGAAGCUGAAGAUGGACAACUCGCCCGACGGGUUCCCCGUGACGGGCCUGCGAGAGAUCCAGACUCUACUGGAAUCCCGGCAUACAAACAUUGUAUAUCUACGGGAGGUGGUGAUGGGGAACAAAAUGGACGACGUCUUCCUCGUCAUGGACUUUCUCGAACACGAUCUGAAAACCCUGCUUGACGACAUGCGCGAACCGUUCCUCCCGUCAGAGAUCAAGACCCUGCUUUCCCAAAUCGUCUCGGGCCUCGACUUUCUUCAUUCGCAUUGGAUCAUGCACCGCGAUCUGAAGACCUCCAACCUGCUCCUGAACAACCGCGGUGAGGUCAAGAUCGCCGACUUCGGCAUGGCGAGAUACUAUGGCGACCCGCCUCCCAAGCUGACGCAGCUGGUCGUCACUCUAUGGUAUCGAGCACCGGAAUUGCUGCUUGGCGCCGAAAAGUACGGUCCGGAGAUCGAUAUGUGGAGCAUCGGCUGCAUCUUUGGCGAACUGCUCACCAAGGAACCAUUGUUGCAAGGGAAGAAUGAAGUCGACCAAGUCUCCAAGAUCUUCGCUUUGACCGGCCCUCCCACCUCACAAACCUGGCCCUCCUUUCGCUCGCUCCCCAACGCCAAAUCCCUCCGUCUCCCUGCGAGCAGCAUCGCCGCUUCCUCCGCACCUGAAGGGAAACCCCCGCUUCUCCCGCGCUCCAAGUUCCCCUUCCUCACAAACGCCGGCCUCCAGCUUCUCUCUGCAUUGCUUGCCCUCAAUCCCACCGCGCGUCCCAGUGCCCUGGACUGCCUGACCCACCCCUACUUCCGCGAAGACCCCCGCCCAAAAGCAAAGGAGAUGUUCCCGACCUUCCCGUCAAAAGCGGGUAUGGAGAGGCGCCGCCGUCGCGAAACCCCAGAGGCGCCAAAGCGCGGCCAAGAGGCCCCUCCGCUCGACUUUGCUGGGGUCUUUGGUGGCGCCCCAGGCGGAGACACUGGCGAGACUGGUGCAGGCUUCACCCUGCGACUAGGAUGAUUUAGAAUACAACCUACAUAGCCGACGUUUUCAAGGUCGACAUUUAAUUAGUAAAGAUAUCAGCUUGGGAAAUCUCAGCCAUUUAUGUAAAAAGAAGAG